AUGGUCAAAGCGCUUACGUUCAAGGGGGACAAAAAGCCACCGAAGAAGCGCAAACGGGUAGAACCAACGGAGGAAGAUGGAGACGGCGCAGUCGAGUCGAAGCAGCUGAUCACUGUAAACACGAACAAGGAGGAAGCGGACGAUGAUGCUUGGGUCUCCGCCGAAGCACUCUCGGACAUCAGUGGACCUGUCCUGUUAGUCUUGCCUACCUCGCCGCCUACGUCGCUUAGCUGCGACCAGCUGGGCAAGGUGUUCGCGCAGAAGGUUGAGAAUCUGGUCGAGGGGCUUCCGGACAGCGCUGAACCACACGAUGUGAGGCAAGUGUGGGUCGCUACGCGGGUGGUGGGGAGCGAGGACAAGUUCAUCUUCAAAGGACAUCAUGGACGUUACCUCGGCAGCGACAAGUAUGGCUUAUGCUUCGCAACGAGGGAGGCUAUCUCGUCCGAAGAGACGUUCAAGCUGCACCCGGUAGAAGGCAAGGUGGGCCUGUUUAACGUGAAGACUGGCCGUGAGACCUACAUCACCGUCGACGACUCUACGAAGGAAGGCUCGGCGUUCGAAGUGCGAGGGGAUGCGGAAGACGCUGCAGAGAACGCGGAAGUGAGGCUCCGCAUGCAGGCGCGCUUCAAGCCGAAGCACAAGGUCGAGAAGGCGGAGAAGGUGCGGGCGAAAAUCAGUCGAAAGGAGCUUGAGGAGGAGGUUGGCCGGAGGCUUGAAGACGAUGAAGUUAAGAAGCUGAAGAAGGCGAGAAGAGAUGGGAGCUAUCACGAGGCAAUGCUUGAUGUGAAAGUGAAGGGGAAGCAUGACAAGUUCGCUUGA